CGGGGGAGAUGAACGAACUGUUGGCCCUCUCUCUCUAUCUCCCUUAUCCCUCUCCGCCACUCUCACCAAUGGCCGGUCUACUCAAAACGCCGUCGUUACACCUCACACCGUCUCUACUUCACGCACCCUCUGUGCCCUUCAAGCCCUUCUGCGUCUCCUUCGCCGGAGGAAGGAACACCAGCGUCUCACUCUCUCGCCGAGCUUCUCUCCGCUCCGUCUCCGGUGGCUAUCCCCUCCGGUUACUUAACUUCGUACCCUUUGCUUCGGGAGAAGCUGAAACUACUGAGACGGAGGUGGAAUCGAGCGAACCCGAAGUCCAGGAGACUGAUGGUGUGGAGGGUGAAAACGGUGGCGCUGAGGAAGAAGAAGAAGCGGUUGUGGCCAUAGCAUUGCUGAGUUCGUAUAAAGAAGCUCUAGCAGAAAACAACGAGGAGAAAAUUGCUGAGAUAGAAGCAUCGUUAAAGUCCAUUGAAGAUCAAAAAUUUCAGCUCGAGGAGAAAGUCGCCACUUUAUCUAACGAAUUAUCUGUGGAGAGGGAUCGGCUGAUAAGGAUCAGCGCAGAUUUCGACAACUUCAGGAAGAGGAACGAGAGGGAGAGGCUGAACCUUGUCUCAAAUGCUCAAGGAGAGGUUGUUGAGAAUCUUCUGGCGGUUUUGGAUAAUUUCGAGAGAGCUAAGUCCCAGAUUAAGGUGGAGACUGAGGGAGAAGAGAGAGUCACUAACAGCUACCAGAGCAUAUACAAACAGUUUGUUGAGAUUCUAGGUUCGCUUGGUGUUGUCACUGUGGAGACAGUCGGCAAGCAGUUUGAUCCAAUGCUUCAUGAGGCAAUAAUGAGGGAGGAUUCUGCGGAAUACGAAGAAGGUAUAGUACUUGAAGAAUACAGGAAAGGUUUCUUGCUAGGGGAAAGACUUUUACGUCCUUCAAUGGUGAAGGUAUCUGCUGGGCCUGGACCAGAAAAGGCAGGUGAAGCUGAAGGAUCAGAAGCCAUUGCACAAGGAAGCGCAGAAGGAUCUUCAUCUUGAAUGAAAGACAAACAAAGACUAAGCAGGUCUUUAUCUUGAAUUAAAGACGAUCGAGACUAAGCAGUUUUGUGGUGUGCGUAAGAGAGAGAGAGAAGGGUCUUGUUAAGAUUAAUUAUUGGCAUUGUUGUUGUUGUUACAUUAUAUCAUUUCUACAGAGUUUAGAAAAAUAGAACGAGAUUUUCUAUUGAAAUUGAUUUUUUUUUUAAUUUAAUACUGGAAGAUAAUGGAUUUUGUUUA